GCUCCUCCCACAGAGUCGUCACAGAUUUGUUUGACAACAACAUCGUCAAAGUGUUUGUCUUGGCACAAACACAAACUCUCUGCUUUAAAGCUCAGGGCAAACUGGACACACAUUCUCUUUCUUUCGCAAACACACCGAAAAAGACAGCAUGUUGACGGGAUGCCAGACCAUCCUCUGCAUGGCCUUGGCCGCCGUAACGGGCUCGUCGCUGGGGCUUGGUGAGGACAUGGACCGGCCUCUCUUCGGUCCUCCCGGCUCUCCUAUCCGACUGAUGGAGUCCGACCCCGGCUUGAAAAAUGCUCUGCGGUUUGCCGAGGAGCGAUACAAUUUGGGAUCCAACGCCAUGCACCUCCGUAAAGUCAGCAAGCUCAUCGCUGCCACCAAACAGCUGGUUAAGGGUAUCCGGUACAGCAUAACAGUGGAGCUGAGUAACACGCAGUGUAAAAAAUCAGCUAUGCUCCGGACUUGUGACUUCUAUCCUGAACUCCAGAAACUGAAGACGGAGGUUUGUGUCUUUGAAAUUUGGGACAUACCCUGGCAGGGAGCUUCAACUCUGGUCAAACAGAAGUGCCAACCAAAAGCUGGACCAGAAGAAACAGCCGAAGCCGCUUCCCCUCAGCGGCCCCUGGAGGAGGAGUCUGUAGAGCUGCUGGGCCUUUUCAAAGACUUCAUGGUAAAAUACAAUAAAGUCUACAGUACACAGGAGGAAGGUGACCGCCGUGUGCAGAUCUUCCAUGAGAACCUGAAGAUUGCAGAGAAGCUCCAGUCUUUGGAUCAAGGCUCUGCAGAGUAUGGUAUCACUAAAUUCAGCGACCUCACUGAGGAAGAGUUUCGCUCGACAUACCUGAACCCGCUGCUCAGUCAGUGGACGCUUCAGCGACCAAUGAAACUGUCUGCUUCUCCCCGAGGCCCCGCCCCUGCCAGUUGGGAUUGGAGGGAUCAUGGAGCAGUCAGCCCGGUAAAAAACCAGGGUAUGUGUGGAUCUUGUUGGGCAUUUUCUGUCACGGGUAACAUCGAAGGCCAGUGGUUUCUGAAAAAUGGAGCUUUGCUGUCAUUGUCGGAACAAGAACUGGUUGACUGUGACGGGCUGGACCAGGCGUGCAGAGGCGGGUUGCCGUCAAAUGCCUACGAAGCGAUUGAGAACCUUGGCGGUCUGGAGUCAGAGAGCGACUACUCCUACAGCGGCCAUAAGCAGACAUGCGACUUCGCCAGCAAGAAGGUUGUUGCCUACAUCAACAGCUCCGUGGAGCUGUCCAAAGAUGAAAGUGAAAUGGCAGCUUGGCUGGCAGAGAACGGACCCAUUUCUGUGGCUUUGAACGCCUUUGCCAUGCAGUUUUACAGGAAGGGCGUGUCCCACCCUUUUAAGAUCUUUUGUAACCCCUGGAUGAUUGACCACGCUGUGCUGCUGGUGGGAUAUGGAGACCGUAAAGGAAUUCCAUUCUGGGCUAUCAAAAACAGCUGGGGGGAGGAUUAUGGAGAGGAGAUGUCACAGGCCACAAAACGCAAGCACGUUGUCAAGGAGGUUCUUGGAGACUAUGUCACGCCAGCGGAGAAUCAACAGAUUGUGAGGGUGACUGGUAGCCGUGGUAACAACCUCCAUGAAACAGUCACACAUCAGGGCCAGAUGUUUCUUGUGAGCAUGCCCACCAAAUUCCGCAAGAACAUUUGGAUCAAGAGAGGAGACUAUGUGAUUGUGGAUCCAAUCGAGGAAGGCGAGAAGGUAAAGGCAGAAAUCAGCUCCAUUCUCUACAAAGAUCACAUUGAGUACCUGCAAAAGUGUCAUCUGUGGCCUGAGGGCUUCACCAAGGAAGACCAGACUAACCAGAAGCCUGAUCAGAAAGACCACACUGAGAAGAAGGAGGAGGAGGAGGAAGACAGUGCUAGAGACUCUGAGGACGACGAAACUGAUCUCUUUGUGAACACCAACCGCAAUACCUACCAGUACAGCGAGAGCGAGGAGGACGAGGACAUUGAGGAUGAAGAGGAACAGACCGACUCUUAGUGGCAUUGGUGAACACACUUGGCAGCUUCCUUACGGACUUGUUGGACGCUCUAAAAGCUGGACUAUUUCUGGAUGUAAAUGUCGGCGCAGAGACGCCCACAUUAAACAAUUUUUAUUACCGUA